CCGCCCCGUCACAAGGCCGCGCUGCGUCUCCAGAACCGCAGGGGCAGGCCCAGCGGAACCGGCCGCCGAGCGGUUGCGGGCGCGGGCGCAGCGGCCAUCGACCGCGCGGCCGCACCGCGGACCCCGUGCGCACCGUCCCGAGGCUCCCCCGCGCGUGGGGGAGACCACAGAACCUGAGGCCAUGCCCCACGAAAAGAGUUUCUUGGUGUCCGGAGACAGCUAUCCACCCCUAAACCCUGGAUAUCCUGGGGGGCCCCAGCCCUCCAUGCCUCCUUACCCUGGAGCCCCUUACCCACAGCCCCCGUUCCAGGCUGCCCCCUAUGGCCAGCCAGGUUAUCCCCAGGGCCCCAGCUCCUACCCCCAGGGGGGCUACCCUCAGGGCCCCUACCCCCAGGGGGGCUACCCUCAGGGCCCCUACCCGCAGGGGGGCUACCCUCAGGGGCCAUAUCCACACAGCCCCUUUCCCCCCAACCCCUACGGACAACCACAGGCCUUCCCAGCACAGGACCCUGGCUCACCUCAUCCUGGGAACUAUCAUGAGGAGGGGCCCCCGUCCUACUACGACAAUCAGGACUUCCCUGCCGCCAACUGGGAUGACAAGAGCAUCCGCCAGGCCUUCAUCCGGAAGGUAUUCCUCGUGCUGACCGUGCAGCUGUCUGUGACUCUGUCCACUGUGGCCGUGUUUACGUUCGUCAGGGAGGUGAAGGGCUUCGUCCAGGAGAACGUAUGGACCUACUACGUCUCCUAUGCCGUCUUCUUUAUCUCACUCAUCGUUCUCAGCUGCUGUGGGGACUUCCGGCGAAAGCACCCCUGGAACCUCGUUGCACUGUCAGUCCUGACCGUCAGCCUGUCCUACAUGGUGGGGAUGAUCGCCGGCUUCUACAACACCGAGGCCGUCAUCAUGGCUGUGGGCAUCACCACGACUGUCUGCUUCACGGUCGUCAUCUUCUCCAUGCAGACACGUUACGACUUCACCUCGUGCAUGGGCGUGCUCCUGGUGAGCAUGGUGGUGCUGGUCAUCUUUGCCAUCCUCUGCAUCUUCAUCCGGAACCGCAUCCUGGAGAUUGUGUACGCCUCGCUUGGCGCUCUGCUCUUCACCUGCUUCCUGGCAGUGGACACCCAGCUGCUGCUGGGGAACAAGCAGCUGUCCUUGAGCCCGGAAGAGUACGUGUUUGCCGCGCUGAACCUGUACACGGACAUUAUCAACAUCUUCCUGUACAUCCUCACCAUCAUCGGCCGUGCCAAGGAGUAGCCCAUGCAGGGCGCCACUCAGGUGGUGUGGCUGCCCUGGCUUCUGGCCCCUGGCCCCACUGGCAGUGUCAUCAGUGUCUCCUCUCCCCCAUCCCCGGGCCCGUCCGACCUCGUGUGUGUACACUGCAGAUAUUCCUGUUCAUUCCCGCUCUGGCCAGCACAGCCCCUCCAGCCCUCCCACGCCGCAAAGGGCAGCAGGGCUGGGCUUCUGUGCCACCUCCUGCCCACUCACUGUUGCAUGAGCCCUGUCUGCCAGCCCCACUCCAGGGUCUGGGGGCAACACCAGGUCCCAGGGGAGAGGGAUUGAGCCAAGAAGUGAGGGUGCACGUCUCCCCUACUGUCCCUGCUCCCCUGCCUGGCGUAGAGCACCCUCUUCUCUUCCCACCCCCACCCUGCAAGGCUGCCCUCUUGGGGACCUGGGGGGGGUGUGGUCCCUGCGUGCUGAGCCCUGAGGGCAGAGAGGAUGGGGACAUUUCUGGGGGAGCGGCCUCUAUCUCCCUCUGCUAAGUUCCAAUAAAUGGGACCCUCUGCUCUCUG